AUACUCAAGAUUUACCAAGAGCGAUUUGGAAAAUAGUUGUGAAGGAAUAAAAUAGAAACGUAUAGUACUAAUUUUGAACUUCCGGUUUCAGCUCUAAAACCCUAAACCUCAAGUUCCAUCAAAAUUCUGGAGAAAGAAAUGGCGUUCAGAUCCAAGGAAAUGAUGAAAAAGAUAGUGAAGAAUAUAGGUGGAGAGAAGAACUUGGCAUCUGGAGUGAAACAACGGCUUGAGAAAUGCGUACCAAAUGCAAAAGUCGUCAUGGGUCGUGCUCAGCGUGGCCUCUUCGCUGGCCGCCACAUUCAGUUUGGCAAUCGGGUCAGUGAGAAAGGUGGAAAUACGUCUAAGAGGACUUGGAAGCCUAAUGUGCAAGAGAAACGGCUUUUCAGCUAUAUCCUAGAUCGUCAAAUUCGUGUGAAGGUUACAACUCAUGCACUGCGAUGUAUUGACAAGGCAGGUGGUAUUGAUGAGUACCUGCUGAAGACACCUUACCAUGAGAUGGACACUGAAUUAGGCCUGUUCUGGAAAGCUAAGAUUGAGAAGUUGUACGAGGAGCUCGGGAAAAUGGAGGUAGUUUUCUUUACACCCGAAGAAGAAACAAAACUUGAAGAACAAUUUAAGGAAGUGAAGUUGGAAGAAAGAGCAGCCCGUAGGGAAGCCAGAAGGAAGAUGUAUGGUUGGUCACCCAAAUCCGAACUAAAAGCAGAUUCUGAAGGAACUGACGGAGAAGGAAGCUUACCAACUGAUUUCCAUGAAGGGAUGGUCGCCAAUGCUUGAAAACAUUGACAAAAUGUUGUUGGUUUCCAAGGUGCUUCCUGAUAUUGAAGGGCUUCUUUUGUUGGUCCUAGUGUUUUCGUAUUCCUGAUAUUUAGUCAUAUCUGGAUUACCAUGAAUUUUGCCUCGCAUCUGCUUUAGUGUAAAGCUUUUCUGGAUAUAUAAUAACGAGAAAUUCUACAGCUAUCACAAUACUAUGUAGUUGGCUUAAUUAUAUUACUCAUCUUUGCAAGUUCAUACAGUA